GUACCCUGCUUCCAUACACCGGGGUCAAUGUGAUAACAAUCAAAAUUAACUGACCAGACCUCAUACACCCAGGUUAAUACUGAAAUUUAAUGAUGGGGAUAACGGUAGAAUUUCACGACGAUGGAUGUGCCCUAAUCAGAAUGAGGAAUGGACAAAAUCGCUGGAACUUGACGACAUUGAAUCAGCUCAAUACCGCACUGGACGAGGUGGAAAGGAACAAAUCUGCCUCGAUAUUGAUGACCACGGGUGAGGGUAAAUUUUACAGUAACGGCCUUGACCUUGACUGGCUGAACUCUACUGGGAGAUCUACUGAUGCUGGGAGGCAGUUCUAUACCGUCCUGCUGGAUACCUUCUGGAGAGUCAUGCACUUUCCAAUACCCACUGUCGCCGCCAUUAACGGACACUGUUUUGCUGGCGGGGCUUUCCUGGCAUUGUGUCAUGAUUACAGGGUGAUGCGGUCUGAUCGCGGAUGGAUUUCUUGGAAUGAGACAUUGAUAAGCCUUCGCAUAACAGAUUCACUCAGCGAAAUUUUAGAACGGAAACUUAACGCAGAGGCUUUAAGAGAAUCAGUCAUUUUUGCUAAACGGUUGACAGGUCCUGAAGCUGUCCAACUAAAGAUUGUAGAUGGAAUUGAGACUGAAUCAAAUCUGAUAUCUGAAAGUAAGGCGAUUGGAUUCAGGGCUCUUGGUAACAACGUUAUAAAACGUAUAGACCUUCAGAACAUGAAGAAAGAUAUGAUUCCGCGCACGAUCAACGUUUCUAAACUCUAAAAUUUUUAUAUUCUACAACUUUAUGUACUAGUCAGAUUACUAUAAACACAUUGUUUUACAUUUUGGGAUCAGAACAAACUUUUAUUAAUUACAAAAAUUACCAACUUCUCUGUCCGUUACAUUGACAAAUUCUUGUGUAGAGUUUUUACUGUGUUAUGAUAGAAAGAAUCCCUUAUAUUUGAAAUUUAUGUUCAUAAUUGCAAUGAACGCAUUAUUUGUUCUACCUUUUUCUUGUCUGUUUUAUAUUGUUGUAUUGAAUAUGUUUUAAUAUAAAUCCUUUCUGUUCUUGGUAAAGUAUAUGACCAGUACACAAUAAAUUCGUUAAAUCUAUAUAUGGAUUUGCCAUUUUCACGAUUUCAAGACUUUGUCAUAUC